GUUCAUUGUGUACGAGCUUUGCACCAGCUAGUAGUUUAAUUGCGAUCGAAGUAUUUGUAGUAUUUGUCCUCUUCUGGUGUAUGCUUACGUACCUACAUAUACGGCAAAAUGGGUGCUAAAUUCAUAGAUCUUUCAUGGACAACCUUAAAAAAGAAUCCCAUGCUGCUUCCAUUAUUUUUUUGCGUUGGAUUUGGAGCAGUAGGAUCGGCAGUAUGUCUGUUACGUGCCGCUGUUCGAAGCCCUGAUGUUGCCUGGUACCCAAAGACGAAUCCUGAACCUUGGAAUGAAUAUCGUGAUAAAAACUAUAAGUUUCUAACAAUUCAAGAUAAUCUUCCCAAGAAAUCACCAGCUCCUGAAUACUAAAAAUAUAUCGUUCAACUAUUAAUUAGUAUUUAUUGUAGACAGUUAAGGUGACAUCAAGUAAUCCAAUAUGUAUCUGCUAUGACCUUUGAUAUACUAAUGAUUGUCAAAUAGAUAUAAAUAACAAAUAAAUUGUAUAGCUUUCUA